GUUUUAUCAAAUAGUUUGAGCAGUUCAGUUUGGUUUUUUUAGGACCUCCAGAACUAAGGUCGAUUUAAAAAAUGCAAAAAGCGUUUUUGUUGGUAGCUUUAUUAGCGUUUUUCUCAAAUACAGUAUCAGAACAGGUCCAAAUUCGAGAGUUAACGCAAGGAAUCUGUAAAUUUUCAGCGGAUAUUUAUGAGCAAUGCGCUCAAUCAGAGGCUGAUGGAAAUAUGGUAUUUUCGCCAUUCUCUAUGUCGAUGUUGCUUACACUUCUGUCGCAAGGGACCAACGGUAAAACUUUCGACAAAUUGAGAAAAGGCUUAUACUUGAGUGAUAAUAAGUCAAUAACGGCAGAUCAAUACCAUGAACUUGAUCAAUUGAUCCGCAAAAGUGCUGGCGAAUCAGAAUUAUCAAUUGCAAAUCGAAUUUAUGUGAAGAGGGGACUUCAAUUAAACGAAGACUUUCGAACAAUUGCCGUUGAAAAAUUUGCAUCAGACAUUGAGUCAGUGAAUUUUAUACAAUCAAAUGAAACCGCACAAUUAAUCAAUCGUUUUGUUGAACAAAAAACGAAACGAAAAAUUAAAAAUUUCGUAAAACCAAAUAUGUUUAAUGAUAUGACACGUGUGUUUUUGGUAAAUGCCAUUUACUUAAAGAGUAAAUGGCGGUAUGCAUUUAAAAGAUACCAACCUUGGAAAAUAAAAUUUUAUUUCAACGAAACUGAUUCUAUUUGGGUGGACUCGCUGCAUAUGAUAAAAAUGGAUUUUAAUUUUGGAUAUUUGGAAGAAUUGGAUGCUAAAGGACUGGAAAUAGCUUACGGCAAUUCAAAUUUUACAUUCUUGAUCAUUUUGCCUAACAACCGGACCGGAUUGAAUGCGUUAGAAGUCCAAUUGAAGAAUUACAAUCUAUCAACAGUUUUUGAUCACUUGCAGAUUACAAAAAUUGAUGUUGAAAUUCCGAAAUUUAGAGUUGAAACUGAAAUUCAAAUGAUUGACAUCCUAAAAAAUGUUAUUCUCAUAUCGAAUGUCAAAUAA